AUGGAUUCCCAAAUAUCGCCUACGCCGUUUAUUGCCCAGCAGUAUGCAAAUGACAAGAAGAUUCAUGUGUUGCUGGCAGCCGCUACCACUAAGCUGCCCAACAUUGCAGAGGAACUGUGUCGUAAUAAAAACAUCUCAGUCCGCAUCCUAGUUACCGAGCCAGUGGAGAAGUUUCUCAUUGAACAGUGUUUGGAGCAACCAGACCUCGAUAAUCUGCUUCAAAUAGAUGGCGUGGACGCUAUCUACCGGGACGAAGAUGAAUGGUCUCCAUCGUGGACGCGCGGAGGACCAGUUCUGCAUAUUGAGCUGCGCAAAUGGGCACAUAUUCUACUAGUCGCCCCAAUGUCUGCAAAUACCAUGGCGAGAAUGGUCAAUGGGAUCGCUGACAACUUGCUUCUCUCCGUCAUCAGGGCCUGGGAUACGACUGGAAUUGUGGAUAUGGGAUUCAAGUCUCGGAAACCUAUGAUCUUUGCCGCGUUGGGCAUGGACGUCUGUAUGUACCGACAUCCAGUGACCGAGAAACAGCUUAAAGUUCUACGUGAUCAGUGGGGAUGGAGUGAAUCAAACCCAGAAGGCUGGGUGACUGUGCUGCCUCCUAUCGAUAAGAGCCUGGCCUGUGGAGAUACCGACACCGGAAGCAUGAUGGACUGGAGAGAUAUUGUCACCGUCAUCCAAAACUACGUAACGGGGUCGAUGCAGAAGCCGUGA